CACUUGGGAUUGAAUACAUCAAUUGGACCUUGUUGAUUGCAGGCAAGCCAACUUUCAACAGCCUUUGCAUUGACAGAAUCUUGCCGAAAUGGCUGUGCAUGACUUCAGCAAGGCACAGAAAGCCGUUUUCGAUGAUCAGCAUCGUGAGUUCAAAGACAUUUUGAGAAACAAGGCAGGCGCCGAGGCUGGAAUUCCCGUGAAGAAAUUUGAUGUAGCGAUCUCUGAAUUCUCCUGGGAACAAGUGCCAUUGGCAGACACCCAGAAAGCUCUAGCUGAGGCAAUUCAUCUAGCCAACGACAGCAAGUUCAGCAACAUCUAUGAGGAGUUUCUCAACGCCCCUCUUAGCUCUGAAAAGGAAGAAGCUAGGGCUAGAGAUGCGCUCUGUCGGGCCCAUGGCAUUUCUACAACAUCUUACAGACCGAGGAAAGACUGGGAGCUAGUCAGAGCAGCGCCAUUCAUUGCGUUGCAAGCAGAUUCCUACUGGAAAGAUUCACCCGAGAAGGUCUUACUGCUCGCCUCCAGCCUGCAGGAUAAAGGAGAUAACUACGCCGAAAGUGGUCGCGCCAGAACUAUGGAGCUCGCAGCAUCCGAAAGUACCGGGAGACUGACAGAGCUUCUGUCCCAAUACUUCGAAUUAUACGAUCAGUCUGAAGCGGAGGUUCAAGCUAGAAGAGCUCGGGGGACGACUUAUCCUUGGAACUAGGUCGUUACCAAGAGUCUGGCACGCCUGGUCUCUCCACUUUAAGCUCCUAGUCGUUUAUCAACUCCUCUGUGGCGGAUCCUUUGUAUACACUAUGCAUGUGACAGCUCACUCAGUGGCUCAUCUGCUGCUUGUCGUUC